CUAACUAUAAGUAAUUUAAUAAAAUUUAAUAUAAUUAAAAGGCUCUAUAACCUAGCUACUAUAGAGCUAGAUUGGGUAUCUAUUGGUAAAGAUCGCCCUAGUUCGGACCAAGAUAAUGUGGCGCUAGCUAUGUUUAGUGACUACUUUCCUCGUUGCGUUAAGACGCUAUAG